AUGAUGGAAGACGGACGCAAGCGCCACUGCUGGGAAUGUCUCCGAAGCCGUCUUGUCUGCGACUUCACACUCCCUGCAUGUAAACGGUGUCUUGCUUCGGGAAUUAAUUGUCCAGGAUACGACGAGAAAGAGCCAAACAGAUUAAAGUGGCUUGCACCUGGCAAGGUAAAAUCCCGAACCAGAAAUUCUUCCAAGUCGAAGCCCUCCAAGCCUUCAAAGUCUGCUGUGAAGAGCAAUMAAAAAGAAACGAGCCUCUAUUCCAAGGCGGAGGUCUCUGCCUGCGGUGAAGAUGUUUUCAUUCCUUCGUUUGAGUUCAAGACUGAAGCCCAUAUGCUGUUUCAAGCCUGUCAAUACUACAACGCCUGCAUAUACCCCAGUCUACUACCAACAACCGAACUUGGCCCAAGGACAACCGUCUAUCAGAUCUCCCCCGCUAUUUUCCAAAUGUGUCUUGCAUAUCCCGACUACAUACGGCUCAGCAUCGUUUGCGUAACCACUAGUCACUUAAUGAAUCAGAUUAAGGAUGACUCAGGCCCAUUCGACGUUCAGAGUAAUUCGCUGGCCAAGACUUUUUUCCGCUACCGGGGGCUUGUUAUUCGCUCCUUGAGCGAGGAGAUUAAAACAUGGCAUAAGCGUUCUAGUAACUUCGUCAUUGCUGGGAUUCUUAUGCUUUUACUUGUUGAUACCCAGCAUGGCGUCUCUCCUUUCUGGCGAUGCCACCUGCAGGGGGUCCAGGAGAUAAUCCUGCUGCGUGGCGGCAUUCGUGCAUUGGCCGAAUCAACCGGUACACAGCCACUGCUUUUCUGUUUUGCAUACCUCGGAGUCAUCGGAGACACAUGCUCGCCUACGCCAGACCUAGUCAUGGCCCCUUCGCUACUAGACGAACUCGAUUCUAGCCUAUCACAAUACCAGGACGGUUCAUUUACCACCCACGUAUAUCCCACAACACUAUUCCAGGAAAUUAUCAAAAUCAAUCUCAUUCGCUUGCGAGUAUCGAAGAAAGAUUCAUUACACGUCGCAAAAAUCUUCACCACAGAAGCCUUCAAGAUACUGAACCGUAUCCAGACAUUCUCACCAGAGACAUGGGCUGAAUCCAAACCAUCCGCACACGAUGACUGGGUACUUGUAGGAAACAUAUACCAAUAUGCCGUGGCUCUGUACUGCAUACUGUCACUACAGAGCUUGUCGGUGUUACCUCGCACCGCCGCGCUAAGAGAAACCUGCAAGCUAAGCGCCAAUCUCCUGCAGAUCCUUCUCCGCGAGGGCGUGCCGUCUCCCAGACUCAAGACUUUUUUCCUCUGGCCGCUGAUCGUACUCGGUGUGGAAGCUGUGCAUAGCGGUAACGAUAUGCGUGUCUUUGUGCUAAAAAAUCUGGAAGACAUGAAUCGUAACCUCGGUACGUAUAUCCCGCUGACUGGGAAGGACGUUCUUGAAAGAUUCUGGGCUUCGGGAAGUACGGAUUGGGAUGCUUGCUUUGAUAAGCCGUAUGCGUUUGUGAUGCAGGCUUCGGUGGACGUCAGUAAGCUGUAUUAG